CUUUAGUGCAUUGUAUGAAAUCCGCAAUCUAUUAUACAAAACCUACUACAAGGAUUGGAAUUGAAUUCAAAGAAAAACUUGAAGGUGCAAUUGAAAAUUGAUGCAAAAAUUUUGAAAAUAAUGAAAUAAUGAGCAUUUCUACCAUACUUGAUCCUCGGUUUAAGAAAUUACAUUUUGAAAAAGCUUUACUUGCGGCAAAUGCGAUAUCCCGAAUUGAGUCAUUAUUACAAAGAAAUAAAAUUCGACGAAAUAUGACUGAGAAAUUAAAUGCUGGCAUGGUUGAAAAAGAUUGUGAUAACUUAUGGAGUUUUCAUGAACAUCUAGUAUCAAAAAAUAAUACUAAUGAAGAUUUGAGCGAAUUAAGACAGUAUUUGAGCCAACCAGUCAUUGAACGUAAGAGCAAUCCUCUCCAAUACUGGAAAUCGGUAAAACAUACUUUUCCGAUGUUGUAUGAACAAGCAAUAAAGUAUGUUAGUGUCCUUGGCACUUCAGUACCAUCAGAAAGAAUCUUUUCUCAAGCUGGUGAUAUAAAAACCGAUGAACGAAGCAGAUUAACCGGUGAGCAUUUAAAUAUGUUAUUUCUUGGUUCGCUUGCUUUUGAUGAUUGGGGAUUGGAAUAAAUUAAGGUACUUUAUUUUCAAUACUUGGUAUCUUAUACUUUGUGCUUAUAUCUUAUCUUUUGUAUGUUAUGUAUACAUACCUUUAUAUCUCACUUUUGUAUCUUAGCUUGUAACCUACUAAAUACCUACUUUAUAUUUUAUAUCUUAUAUUCUAACCUACUAAAUACCUACUUUAUUUCUUACCUUGUAACCUGGUGAUAUGAUUGUACUAUGCGUCAUUAUAUAUCGUUUUUUUUAUUAAAAUAAAGAACGAUAAAAUACAGUAACAAAUA